UAAUACCAUUCUGCUCCUGACCAUCAAUAUCUUCAUCAUUCUCUUCAACAUCUUCAUCAUCAGUCAUGAGCUCUCAUUCUCUCCUGUUGGUUCUGCUGGUUCUCGCCUGCCUUCAGUCCUUCACAAUGGCCCAGAAUGGAAAUGAACCAGAAGAGUACCACUGCUGUACCAGCUUUCUGAUACAACCAAUCCCUGUAAGAGUCAUUACAGCUUAUGCAGUAACAGAGCUUCAGUGUACAAAACCUGGAGUCAUCUUUACUCUACAGGACGGUCGUCAUGUGUGUGCAGAUCCCAGCUUCAAGUGGGUGAAGAUUCACAUGGACAGAAUUGAGGAGCGUCUGUUUAACAGUCUGAACAAACCUACAGAGAGUUCAAAUCCUUAAAGAGUUUAAAUCCUCUCUCCAUUAAUAAGUAAUGAAUAAUUAUUUUAUAAAAUGGACUUUUUACAUAAUCAGACAGGAGAAACAAAGCUUUUAGUUAUAAACUUAAAUAUAAUCUGAUUUAUUCUA